AUGCCUCAUUCCCGAAAGAGCUCGAAAGUGGCUAUCCGCGCGCGAACACGUGCAGAUGAAGACGGAGCAGCCACACCUCUCCUCAGCGAGUCCGACUCUGAUGACUUCAACAUCGACGCUAGAGCCUCCAUACGUCACAGCGUGCAGUGGGACCGACAUGCGGAACCCUCGCUCGGCGCAGUACAACCUGAGGCCUGGGUGGACAUCACCGCCAUACGUCACAAGUUCAUUCGCCAAAUCCUGGGGUUGAACCCCUUCAAAACCUCAUACUUCGCGCUAUACAGGCCUUUGGAUGAUCUUGGUUCAAGGCUUGUACUUAUCUCGGGCGUUGUUCUGGCAAUCCUAGCAGGUCUACCCAUUCCGUUCAUUGGUGUAAUCCUCGGCAGGAUCAUCAACAACUUCCCUCCGCCUGAAGAUGAGCUUCGAACACUAUUGGGCUAUCUUAUGAUAGUUGCGGCGUGCUACUUCGUGGUUACCUGGGGCUGGGCUGUUGCAUGGGCGGUCAUUGGCGAACGAGUGUCGCGCAAGACGCGGGAGCAGCUCUUGCACCGCGCACUGGGGAUGGACAUGACCUACUUCGAUACUGCAUCACUCGACAUGACGAGUAUUCUCACUGAGAAGACACAAACAAUACAGCUUGGUACUUCUGAGAAAGUCGGCUUGUUUCUUGCUUCAAUCUCGUACUUCGUGGCUGCAUUCUUCGUUGGCUUCACCCUGAACGCAAGGCUCACAGGUGUCAUGUUUGUCACCGUCAUUCCCACUAUGGCAUGUGUCGUCAUAUUCGGUACUAAGUACGUCGCCAAGUUUACUAAGCAAGCUUCAGCAUAUACAGAAAAAGCAGCUUCAUUGGCAGAGAGCGCUAUUCGAGCGGUGCAGAUUGUGCAGGCUUUCGGACUUCAGGAGAAGCUAAGCGACGAGCAUGUCCACCACCUUGGAGCUGCAUUACGGGCUGGUAUCAAGAAAAGCGUAGCGGGAGCGAUAAUGCUUGGCUCUGUCUAUUUUGUUGCAUACGCUGCAAACGCACUGGCUUUCUGGUACGGCGAUCACUUGCGGGACGGUCGUGCUGAGGCUGGAACCAUCUAUGCCGUUGUAUUUCUCAUUUUGGAUGCGUCCUUCGUCGUGGGAAGAUUUGGUCCUUUCAUCCAAACAUUCGCAAUGGCAGCCGCUGCAGGACAGGCUGUUCACGAGGUUCUCGAUCACCCACUGUCAGACAUCGACGUCUACAACAGCGAGGGGGAGAAGGCUGACAAGGCUCACUUCGCCAAAGACAUAAAGUUCUCCGCGGUCUCAUUUGUCUAUCCAGCUAGGCCGACAGUCCGAAUUCUAGACGCAGUCGAUCUGAACAUCGCUCCAGGAAAGGUUACAGGUCUUGUAGGCCCCUCGGGGUCAGGAAAGUCCACUAUCACAUCGCUAUUGCUUCGGCUUUAUGACCCGACUUUGGGCACCGUUACAAUUGGCGAUCGUGACAUCAAAUCUUUCAACAUUCGAAGCAUGCGAUCACAUAUCGCUCUCGUCACGCAGAACCCGGUCCUCUUCACGGGAACUAUAUACGAGAAUAUCAAACAUGGACUGCCACACGGAGAAGGCAUGUCUGAGGACGAGACUUUCGCAAGAUGUACGGCUGCGGCUAAGGAAGCCCACUGUGAGUUCUUGGAACGUCUGCCUGACGGCAUGCAUACAGAGAUUGGCUCAGGCCCGCAUUCACAGCUAUCUGGAGGACAGAAGCAGCGCAUCACCUUGGCCCGAGCUCUGGUCGGUCAGCCUUCGGUGCUGCUUCUCGAUGAGUUCACCAGCGCAAUGGAUGCAACAAGCGAGGCCGUUGUACUGGAAAACCUCAGACGAUCAUCAGCCGCAGCUGGCCGAACAACUAUCAUUAUUGCGCAUAGGCUUGCGACCGUUCGAGAUGCCGAUCGUAUUGUGGUGUUGAAGGAUGGUGUCGUAGCCGAAGAUGGUCAACAUGAAACGUUGAUCAAGACGAACGGCAUCUACGCUGAGCUUAUACAAGCCCAGCAAUUCGAGAAGAAAGGACAGGCUUCGGUUGCAUCAUCGGUGUACUCGAGUCCCCGGUUUCCGCAGAAAGAGCACAGCCAACCAAGUACAGCAUCCAACGAUUCAUCAUCUGAGGCUACUACACUUAUAGCGGAGAAGGCGAAUAAGAGCGUACUUGAGCUCAUACGCAGGUGUUUAACGCUGAGUCGAUGUGAAAUCCCAGCGAUUGUUCUCGGGCUGGCUGCAUCGAUUUUGAGUGGGGGCGUCACGAUCGGAGAGGCCUUCAUCUUCGGAAACCUGGUGGAACUCCUCAAUGAUGCUUCCAAGACUGGUGAACUGGCCUCGAGGAUCUCGUUCUUCUGCCUACUGUUCUUCCUCCUGUCUUUGGUCGCACUAAUCUCGCAUGGAGCUGGCGGUGCAGCUUUUGGACUAGUGUCCGAGAAUCUCGUUCUCCGAGUACGAGAUAUCUCGUUCCGCACAAUAUUAAGGCAGGACAUUUCUUGGUUCUCGAAGCCUGGGCAUUCUCACCACGCAUUGAUGUCCAAGCUCAACAUGGACAGUGGUUCUAUCAGCGGCCUCUCCGGAGUCAUCCUCGGUACGAUCUUCUCCAUCACGACUUCCGUGGUUGGUGGAACGAUAUUGGCCCAUAUUGUCGCCUGGAAGAUUGCCAUUGUCCUUCUUGCUGCUGUGCCAAUUAUGGUCUGCGCUGGCUUUGUCCGGCUCCGCAUCUUGGCUCUUGCAGAAGAAAAGCACCAAAAUGCUUAUAAUGACGCAGCGACGUUGGCUUCCGAAGCAACUGCUUCUAUGCAGAUCGUGGCAGCAUUCGGUCUCGAAGAUUACUUUCUUGGAGAAUAUCGAGAGGCCAUCAGCGGCCCGUACGAAGAAAAUCUGCGGUUUGCUCUGUUCGGCAAUAUUCUUCUUGCUUUCUCCCUGUCGGUGACGUACUAUGUGUACUCGCUGGCUUAUUGGUGGGGCUCGAAGCAGGUGCGAAACGGGAACUACAGUCAAAAGGAUUUCUUUAUUGUGCUACCCGCAUUAUUGUUCUCUGCUCAAGCUGCUGGCCAGCUGUUCAGUCUGGCACCUGAAGUCACUCGAGCAAAGACGGCUGCUCAAAGCGUCUUUGCUUUGCACGACGAACGACCCACCAUUCUGACCGAUGACAAGCCUUCACAAGUACUAUCAUCGCCAGAGGGCACUAGUGCCACAGUCUCGUUGCUAUCCGGAACCUCAGCCAGCUACGGCACAUUCGGCAUGCGAGGAGAGCUCGAGUUUCGUGACGUAAGCCUACACUAUGAGACUCGACCGAACGUUCCAGCAUUGAAAAACGUUUCUUUCCAAAUCAGUCAUGGCGAGUACGCAGCAUUUGUAGGAAGAUCUGGCGCCGGAAAGUCGAGCACUAUCCAUCUUAUCGAGAGAUUCUUUGACCCUACAGCGGGCCAGGUCUACUUGGACGGGCGAGAUAUACGCCAUGAACCCGUACAGACUCAUCGAGCCCGAUUGGCGUUGGUGGAGCAGGAGCCUGACCUGUUCCCUGGAAGCGUCAAGUUCAACAUUGGACUCGGCAGAAGACCUGGGGCCGAGGUUAGCGACGAAGAUAUCAUGGCUGUGGCCAAGAAGUGUGAACUUCAUGAUUUCAUCAUGAGUCUGCCAGAAGGCUACAACACCGAGGUUGGUGCUCAUGGCUCGAAGCUGUCCGGCGGUCAGCGACAGAGGCUCGCUAUUGCACGUGCCCUUUUAAGAGAUCCAGAGAUCCUUCUGCUCGAUGAAGCAACAUCUCAACUCGACGCGAACACCGAGAGAGAAAUCCGAAGGACCAUUGCGGCGGCAUCGAAAGGUCGCACCACGAUUAUGAUUGCUCACAGGUUGGCGAGCGUCCAGCAUGCCGACAAGAUCUUCGUAUUCGAUGCUGGCAGGAUAGUCGAGCAAGGCCGACAUGAUGAGCUUGUCGCAGAAGGCGGGAUAUAUGCUGGCAUGGUUGCAGCACAAGAGUUGGACUGA